AUGCCGCUACUUUCUACUGUCGUAGGCUUCUCAUUUGUUGGCCUUGCGGCGAGAAUGGGACAAUUGUCCAUUCAAGGACGCAAUCUCUACUCCAACCCCGGAGGACAUUUGAUAUCAAUGGGCGCAUUUGGAUUUGCUGGAUAUCUUGCUCACAAAUGGGACGUGCGGUCAUCUGAAGUACUUGCCAAGAAGCGCGCAGAACUUAGAGAACGGCGGCAAAAGGCCCUUGAAGCAGCUGCUGAGAUGCACGCUGAGGCAUGA